GCAGCCUCAUGCAUCGUCGCGCACGUUUGCUGCCAUUGGCUGUAGCGACCCAAUCUCAUAUGCAGGGGUGCGACUCGCGGAGCGGCGUCGCUGUUUGUCCGGCCGAGGCAUCCAUGUGUGUUCUAGUGCCGCGAGCUCUUAUCGAUCAACCUACAUAAGGUUAGCAUCGUCUUAUCCCUUCUGCCCUUCCACAUGCACGCAUACAUGGCUACAUCAUCGACCGCCCCCCCUGCCCGCAGAGUCCCCGAAUUUUAUUAAUGGGCUGAUCGCUCCAGACCAGCCAGAGCGUCGCCCGCGCAUUGCCUUCCUUACUGCAGUAGUCGCUAGCUACUCCGUGCUCUGUCCCGUGCUUCCAUCGUCUGUUUGUGCAAACACCCGUCUCAGCAGCCUGUGACCAUGUCUUCUUGUCGUGCCCUCCUGCGCAUCAUGCGCAACAAUGGUCAACUGCCUGUCCAUGAUUUCCUAGCCCCUGCUCUUUUCGCACCCAGCCGGCGCUGUCUUUCCACUUCCACUGCUGCAACGUCAAACCCCGGCGCCGCCACACCAACUCGCCAUGCGUCUACGAGUGCACCCAGCCAGAAACCCAAGCCGCGCAAGCCCCUCACCCAGGAGCAGCGCGACUUUCUUUCUUCCGCCCUUCGCGUCAACCAAGCCGGAGAGCUGGCCGCGACCCUCAUCUACACUGCGCAGACCCCUCCAAUCGUAAAUGCGCACCCGCACUUGCGUCCCCUCAUGGCGCACAUGUACGACCAAGAAGCUGCCCACCUCCAGACUUUCAACCAAAUGAUAGCCAAGCACCGAGUCCGCCCCACUGCUCUCUACCCCCUCUGGAGCAUCAUGGCCACAGGUCUUGGCUGGGGUACCGCAGUCAUGGGACGAGAGGCCGCCAUGGCUUGUACCGAAGCAGUCGAGACCGAGAUCGGCACACACUACAACGAGCAAAUACGCACCCUGCUAGAAAUGUUCGACCAGUGGCAGGCCGAGGGCUAUGAAGCUGGCGAGGAGCUCCAACAAUUGGUCAAGACCUUGCGCCGCAUCAGAGAUGAAGAGCUAGAACACCUCGACCAUGCUGUUCAACAUGACGCACAGAAGGCCGAGCCGCAUUGGUUGUUGACCGGUGUCAUAAGAGCAGGGUGUAGGGGUGCCAUUUGGAUAAGUGAGAAGGUAUAAAAGCCAGAGAGAGAGAGAAAACCUUGCAUGUACUAUACUGUAUACAGCACUCGGAACAUGCCUCCUUAGAGGUAUAUGUAAGAGGAAACUACUCUUCUUCAAUGUAUCACAACUUGCUUAAAAGUAAUCAUUCUCUCUCUCCCCGCCCUACUGUGCGCCUGAAUACUUAUGCUUCAAUUUCAAG